GGGCGGUGCUGCCCGCCCCGGGGGCGGUGGGGUUCCCGGUGGCGGCUCCGACAGCGGAGCGGUCCCAGCGGGCGGCGGAGGCACCACCGACCGCCCCCGGCCCGGCCAUGUCGGAGCCCGGGCGCCCCCGCGGCCGGCGACAAAGCGCCCCGGCUCCAGGACCGUGUCCUGGCCGGGUGCGCUGGGGCCGCCUCCAGGAGCCCCUGGGCUUCAUCAAGGUGCUGGAAUGGCUCUUCGCCAUCUUUGCUUUCGGGGCCUGCGGCUCCUUCAGCGGCGAGACCGGGGUGACGGUGAGAUGCAGCAGCGAAACCAAAGAGAUGAGCGCCAUUUUCGUCCAGUUCGGGUACCCCUUCAGGUUAUACCAGAUCCCCUUUGAGAUGCCGGACUGUGAGGAGGAGUCAGAAACCCGCACCCUGCACCUCAUCGGCGAUUUCUCUGCUCCUGCUGAAUUUUUCGUGACCCUGGGGGUCUUCUGCUUCCUCUACGCCAUGGCCGCUCUGGUGCUUUACCUGCGCUUUCAUUCCCUCUACAGCGAAAAUAAGAAGCUCCCCUUUGCGGAUUUCUGCAUCACCGUCUGCUUCGCCUUCUUCUGGCUGGUGGCGGCGGCGGCGUGGGGCAAGGGGCUGACCGACGUGAAGGCGGCCACGCGGCCCGCCAGCCUCAUCGCCGCCAUGGGGGUCUGCCAGGGCCAGGAGGUGGUCUGCAACGCCGGCGCCACGCCGGCCAUGGGGCUGGCCAACAUCUCCGUGCUCUUCGGCUUCAUCAACUUCCUGCUGUGGGCCGGGAACUGCUGGUUCGUGCUGAAGGAGACGUCGUGGCACGCGCCGGCGGCACCCCGUGACAGCGCGGCUGAGCAGGGUGCCAUCGACAAGCAGUAGCCACUUCGGGGGUCCCGCCUGUCCCCCGGGGGUCCCGCCUGUCCCUCGGGACCUCGCGCCGGCCGCCAGCCCGGGGACGGGGUGUCGGGGGGUAUGGAUGCUAUAGGGGGUCUGCGUGACCCUGGGUAGGGGGCAUUAACUGCUGCUGCCUGGCAGUGUAUAGGGGUCUGCGUAACCCUGGGUGUCCCGUUCUGUAUAGGGGGGCUCUACGUGUAACUCGGGGGUGUCCGCGUCUGUAGGGGGGCGUAUAAAAGUCCUGGGUACCAGCUCUAGAUAGGGGUGCAUAUACCCCCCAGUGUCUGGCUCUCUCUUGGGAGUACGACCCCUGGAUGUCCUGCUCCGUAUAUAAGGGUGUAUGUGAUACCUGGGUGUCCAGCGCUCUAUAUGGAUAUAUACGUAUAAGUCCCAGGGGCCCAGCUCUGUACAGGGGCUAUAUAUAACCGUGCCCCCGCCCCGCCCCGCCCCCCCAGGUGUUCUGCUCUGCACAGGGUAACUCCUGGUGUCCUGCCCUCCUAUAGAUAACACCCUAUGUCCAAAGCGGGUGUAGAAGCCCUGGAUGGCCAGCUCUCUGUAGGGGAUGUAUAUUAACACCUAAAUGUCUGUAUUUAACAGUGUAUAUUAACACUGUAUAGGGGAAUAUAACAAGCCCAGGUGCCCAGCUCUAUAUAGGGGCUGUAUAUAACCCUGGGUAUCCAGCUCUGUA